UGCAGCAGCAGCUGGUGGAGGAGGUGCGGGCAGCACACACACUCGUGGUGGUGGGCGAGACGGGCAGCGGCAAGACCACUCAGCUCCCUCAGUUCAUUCUCUCAUCCGGCCUGCUCGCCCCACACCAAGCCAUUGCCGUCACACAGCCACGGCGUGUGGCAGCGGUGACGGUGGCGGCGCGGGUGGCGGAGGAGAGGGGCGUGGGCGUGGGGCAGGAGGUGGGUUACAGCGUGCGCUUUGAAGACGUCACCAGCUCGCACACGCGUAUCAAGUACCUUACUGACGGCAUGCUGCUCAGGGUGGCGGAGGAGGGUGGCGGAGGAGGGUGGCGGAGGAGGGUGGCGGAGGAGGGUGGCGGAGGAGGGUGGCGGAGGAGGGUGGCGGAGGAGGGUGGCGGAGGAGGGUGGCGGAGGAGGGUGGCGGAGGAGGGUGGCGGAGGAGGGUGGCGGAGGAGGGUGGCGGAGGAGGGUGGCGGAGGAGGGUGGCGGAGGAGGGUGGCGGAGGAGGGUGGCGGAGGAGGGUGGCGGAGGAGGGUGGCGGAGGAGGGUGGCGGAGGAGAGGGGGGGGGCGUGGGGCAGGAGGUGGGGUACAGCGUGCGAUUCGAGGACCUCACCUCCACCCGCACGCGCAUCAAGUAUCUUACCGAUGGCAUGCUGCUCAGGUGCGGUGCGGUGAGGAUUAAGAUGGCGGGUCCUCACCUAGUGUGGUACUUAGCGGUGGCGGGUCAAGUCCAUGUCACCUCCUCCCACACGCGCAUCAAGUACCUCACUCACGGCAUGCUUCUCAGGUGCGGGCGGAAGUCAACUACAAGUAUCCCGCUGUUGAGGCGGCACGGCGUGGUGGUGGUGUAUGAGGCUCAUGAGCGCACCGUGAACACUCUGGUGGAAGCUUUGCUGGAUCCUCUGUUGAGGAGGUACGGAGUGGUGGUGGUGGACGAGGCCCAUGAGCGCACUGUCAACACGGAUGUGCUGCUGGGGCAACACUCUCUCACCAACCUCCUUUCUCUCCCCUCCACAACCUCCAGGGAGGCUUUACUAGACCCACUGUUGAGGAGGUACGGAGUGGUGGUGGUGGAUGAGGCGCAUGAACGCACCGUGAACACGGACGUGCUGCUGGGGCUGCUGCAGCAGGUGCAGGCCCGCAGACAUGCGCUCGCCACAGGGGGGGCGGGUGCAGGGAAGGGCGCGCAGGGGUCGAAUGGAGCAGGGAUGGGCGAGCAAGGACAGAAGGGGAAGGUGGUGGGCGGUGGGAGUCAGGCAGCAGAUGGCGCUGCCGAGGGGCAGAAGAGAAAGAAGCGACGGAGAGAAGAGGAGGGCAGGGAGGGAGAAGCAGACAGAGAGGCAGACGGGCAAAUUGACGAGGCUUCCGCAGGCACAGUCGCAGCUGCAGGCACAAGCACAGGUGCAAGCUCAAGUGAGGGCGAGUUGAAGCUGGUAGUGAUGUCGGCAACCCUCGAGUCGCGCAAGUUCCUCGACUUCUUCCCCGGCGCACAUGCAGUGUACAUCCGCGGCAGGCAGCACUCCGUGCAGGUGCUCUACACGCCCGCCCCCGAGCCAGACUUCCUCGACGCGGCGCUGGUUACCGUGUUACAGAUACACACGGAUCACCCUAUAGAGAGUUCAGCGCCGGGGCAGGCGGGCGAUAUUCUCGUGUUCCUCACGGGGCAGGAGGAUAUAGAGGCCAUGGCGAGGCUGCUGCAGGAACGUGCGGCGAAGCUUCCUCCCGGGACGCCGCCGUUGGCUGUGGCGCCGAUCUAUGCGGCUCUGCCUGCGGAGCAGCAGAUGAACGUGUUCCGUCCCGCGCCCGCUGGGUGCAGAAAGGUGGUGCUAGCAACCAACAUAGCGGAGACGUCAGUGACCAUUCCGGGGAUUCGCUUUGUGGUGGAUGCGGGGCUGGUCAAGGUGCGGGCGUUCAACUGCCGCACGGGUGUUGACUCGCUCGUGGUCGUGCCCGUGUCCAAGGCACAGGCCCGCCAGAGGAGUGGCCGAGCGGGCAGAGAGGCGCCAGGCAAGUGCUACCGGCUGUACACAGAAGAUACCUUCGAGGCGCUGCCAGAGGCACCUGUUCCCGAGAUGCUGCGUUGCAACCUCGCCUCUGUGGUGCUGCAACUCAUCGCGCUGGGAGUGAAGGACCUGCUGUCCUUCCCCUUCCUCGACCCGCCGCCACAGGCGGCCAUACUGCGAGCGUUGGAGCAUCUGUUCUCGCUGGGAGCGCUCACACCGGAGGGGAGCCUGUCGCCACAGGGGAAACACAUGGCGCGCUUUCCCCUCGACCCCGUCUACGCCAAGGCCAUACUGGAGGCAUGCCGCCUUGGAUCAGCAGCGGUGGCGGACGACAUGGUGGCAGCAGUGGCCAUGCUCUCAGUGGACUCGCCCUUCCACACGCCCUCUCAUGCUGCUGCUGAGACCUCCCCCUCUAUCCCUUCUCUUGGUUGCUCCAAAUCCGUGUUACAUGCACUGUUGUUUUGCUCACAGGCUCAUGCUGCCCGGAAGAGAUUUUUCUGCCCGGACGGUGACCAUCUCACGCUGGUGAACGUGCUGCGGGGCUAUCUGGCAGCGGGCAGCGAAAACACCGAGGCUGCUGACGUGGCACGUGAUGGGAGCAUCAACAGCGGGAGUGGUGGUGGGGGUCAGGGGUUUGGUCGGCAGGCAAAGGCGAGGGAGGGGAGGAUACGGGCAUGGUGCAAGGCGCACUACCUUAAUGCGCGCUCGCUCAAGAAAGCAGCCGACGUGUACCAGCAACUGCAGGCGUACUGUCACGGCCUCUCUCUACCCGUCACCUCCCACUCCUUGGUUAUUCAUGUUCCCCACGCCCAUCCUGCCUGCAUGCUCCUCACUCUCCCCUGCGUGCACUGCAGGCAACUGCAGGCGUACUGUCACGGCCUCUCCCUGCCAGUCACCUCCCACUCCUUGGUUAUUCAUGUUCCCCACGCCCCUUCUGCCUGCAUGCCCGACACACUCCACUGCGUGCACUGCAGGCAACUGCAGGCGUACUGUCACGGCCUCUCCCUGCCAGUCACCUCCCACUCCUUGGUUAUUCAUGUUCCCCACGCCCCUUCUGCCUGCAUGCCCGACACACUCCCCUGCGUGCACUGCAGGCAACUGCAGGCGUACUGUCACGGCCUCUCUCUACCCGUCACCUUCCACUCCUUGGUUACUUAUGUUCCUCACGCCCCUCCGGCCUGCAUGUUCCUCACUCUCCCCUGCGUGCACUGCAGGCAACUGCAGGCGUACUGUCACGGCCUCUCUCCACCCGUCACCUUCCACUCGCCGCUACCUCCGUCGUCAUCAGCACUCACACCCACAGGCUCAGCAGCAGGAGCAGCAGCGGCAGCGGCGCAGCGGAGGGAUGACUCGGUUGCGUUUCGCCGAGCGCUGACAGCAGCGUUCUUUGCCAACGCUGCCAAGAAGCAAGCCGACGGCACAUACAGUUGGCUGGAAAGCAAGGAAUUGAGCAAUGGUCUUCCUACAAGUGCUGUGCUAUCAGGUGGCGUGCUAUCAGGUGCCGUGCAAUCAGGUGGCGUGCAAUCAGGUGGCGUGCUAUCAGGUGGCGUGCUAUCAGGUGGCGUGCUAUCAGGUGGCGUGCUAUCAGGUGGCGUGCUAUCAGGUGGCGUGCUAUCAGGUGGCGUGCUAUCAGGUGGCGUGCUAUCAGGUGGCGUGCUAUCAGGUGGCGUGCUAUCAGGUGGCGUGCUAUCAGGUGGCGUGCUAUCAGGUGGCGUGCUAUCAGGUGGCGUGCAAUCAGGUGGCGUGCUAUCAGGUGGCGUGCUAUCAGGUGGCGUGCUCUCUGGAGCUCUGCUCCUCAGGGCCCCACGGCCUUGUUAUCGCCACCACUUUCUGCCUGCCUUCUCAUUGUCCCCCUCUCUGCCUUCUCGCCUGCACCCUCACCUUCCCAGGGCACUAGCUCCACCACCAGCAGCAGCACAACCAUCUGUGGCAGCUUCUUGA